UCUCAUUACUGGAAAACAAUAUGAAUUGCGUACACAUUUAGAUGUGUUAGAAUACAUUUCAAGAACCGAAUGGCUGAACAGCACAGGAAUUCUCCCGUGCUGGAGUUUCUCUCAGGGCGUGACAGAGAUGACGGUAUUUACUAUGAGGGCGUGGAAAGGAGAUGGAAUUGAAUAGAAUUCCUGACAGCCGAAUUAAAGAUCAUGAAGACAAAUUAAAGAUGCACUUCAUAAAACGCCUGUCGCCAAGCUUGUUUCAGUAUGAAGUCCAGCGGGAUUUUGCGGUGGGUGAAGAGCCAAGUCAGCUCUUGGCCUGUUUUUUCCUGCCAGCUGCCGCGUAAUAUCAUUUAAGGAGCGUUGCAGACUGACGGGUCUCAAAGCCCAAUAGCACAGGACUCCUGAAAAUAUUUCUUUCCCGCUGCAAGAGGAGCGCCCCCAGACAUUUUUAAUCUCGAUUUGCUGUCGUUCUAAUUCUCCAAAAAGACCUUCCGUAGAGGAUCAAUGAAAGUUUAUUUUAUAAUCCCCCAUCGUAUCCCCCCUACCGAUUCCCCUAACGCGCCGAGCGCUGAGCACCAAGGAAUAUCGCAUUACUUCUUCUCGGCUUUUUCUACUUUAUUGCUGCUCUGAACAAAUCUGGAAAGAAGCAAUUUCCAGCCCUGUUGCAUCAUCAUUUUUUUUUUGUCUAAGUGUUGCUGUACCCGCGCGUAUUCUCCACCCCUUUUCCAGGAGCCCCCUCACUCCAUUGGCAGAGCAGCGAACACGUUUCGCUCCGGAGAACAUCAGUCGCCACAAGUUACCGCAAGAGCGAGUCCGCGUGCCGUGGACUUGCGGUCUCUGGAUCAUUUGCACCGUUAUUCAUAGCAUCCGCGCGUCUCUCCAGACUGAGGGUCGUGUUUCCUGCAAAAUGGAGAAAAAAAGCGAGAGUAACGGGCAUGCUGUCUCUGAACGUCCGAUAAGGAUAGACGAAGCCGACGGGAAAAGUGGGCGAAAAAAGACUACAAAUAAGUUCAUGCUGUUUUUUAAAAGAAACCUCUUAGUUAUACUGACGGUCUCCGGCGUUUUGGUCGGUGUUGGCCUUGGUAUGGCCGUCAGGAAUUUGAAUCUCACCCGGGCACAAAUGACAUACUUCGCGUUUCCCGGAGAAAUGCUGUUAAGGAUGCUGAAAAUGAUCAUUCUUCCCCUGGUGGUGUGCAGCUUGAUUUCGGGUGCGGCAAGUCUGGAUACUCGGUCUCUGGGGAAACUGGGCGGAAUCGCUGUAUCUUACUUCUUGGUGACCACCCUAAUCGCUUCAGCUAUUGGAGUAGCUCUUGCAUUUAUUAUUAAGCCAGGAGUGGGUGCGGGGGCUUUGAAUACUAACGACCUGGGGUUAGGACCCGUCACCGCCAGCAAAGAGACCACAGACUCCUUCUUAGACCUUGCAAGGAACCUGUUUCCCUCUAACCUUGUUGCUGCGGCCUUUCGCUCGUAUGCAACUGAUUAUAAGAUCAUCUCAACUGGAAACACAACUCAUGGAAAUGUCACCUACCAGAGGAUCCCCGUUGGCACAGACACAGAUGGCAUGAACAUCCUAGGCCUGGUCCUCUUUGCGAUGGUGUUUGGAGUGGCCUUGCGGAAACUUGGCCCUGAGGGAGAGGAAUUGAUCCGAUUUUUCAACUCCUUCAAUGAAGCAACGAUGGUCCUUGUCUCUUGGAUUAUGUGGUAUGUGCCCAUCGGUAUAAUGUUCCUGGUUGGCAGUAAGAUCGUGGAGAUGGAUGAUGUUGUCCUGCUGGUCACAAGUCUGGGGAAGUACAUAUUUGCAUCUAUUCUGGGACACGCUAUCCAUGGAGGGAUAGUGCUGCCUCUUAUCUACUUCGGACUCACUCGCAAAAACCCCUUCAGCUUCCUUUCUGGGCUCAUCACGCCUUUUACAACUGCUUUUGCUACCUGCUCCAGCUCAGCCACUCUUCCUUCCAUGAUCAAAUGCAUUGAGGAGAAUAAUGGAGUGGACAAGAGAAUCAGUCGCUUCAUCCUGCCCAUUGGCGCUACAGUCAAUAUGGAUGGAGCUGCCCUCUUCCAGUGCAUAGCCGCAGUCUUCAUCGCCCAGCUGAACAACGUUGAGCUCAACGCUGGGCAGAUCUUCACCAUCCUUGUGACUGCAACGGCGUCCAGUGUAGGAGCUGCUGGAAUCCCAGCGGGGGGGAUUAUCACCAUUGCCAUUAUUCUGGAGGCCAUCGGGUUGCCUACCAAUGACCUCUCUCUCAUGCUUGCUGUUGAUUGGAUAGUGGACCGGACCACCACUGUGGUGAACGUGGAAGGGGACGCCUUGGGCGCGGGGAUUCUUCACUUUAUCAACGAGAGGGAGAGCAGGAAAGACGUGCCGGAGCUGGGAGAGGUGCGAGUGGAGGCUGUCCCCAACAGCAGGUCGGAAGAGGAGACGUCCCCCCUGGUCUCGCACCACAGCGUGCCGAUCCCUGCGGCCGGCGGCGCAAAGCCGGGCUCGACGGAGUCAGCACUGUGAACUGGGAAGACCUCCCGACUUUGUCAAAAGAAAAAAGAAACAAAAGGCGUUAGUUAUAACUGGUCGAUGUCGUCUUUCUGAGAUGCCAGCACCCCUGCUAAAAGCUUACUUGAAUGAUUUUUUUCCCGGCACCUUUUACAGAGAAAGUGCCACGCCUAGGAGGUAGGCUCAGCCAUACUUUAUGAUGAUACUAGGAACAUAAGAACCACUAAUGACAUAAUUUCUCAUUACAGACCUUGCUGCUGUGUUUGCAUUACGACUGUGUGCUGUAUUUUUCGACAAUUUGAUUUAACCGUUGUUCAUUCCUAACUUUGGAAAAGUCUCUCCCUAGAUACCUGAAUUCGGUGGUCUAACCUUAAAAAGCAACACACGUAGCACGAUUUACAUUCAGAUAUACUUUAACUGAGUGCCUUUGCGUGUAGAGUUUAAGUAAAACUGUUCAUUUUCUCAACAUUUCCGUGGAUAUAAAAUCGACAUCAUGUUCAUACUCCCACCUUUUUCUGUCAGAGUAUCCCUUUCUCAUUCAGAUAAGCUUACUGCAUGUCAAAAGCUGAAAAAGCAUCUAAUGCUUCUUUCUUAUGCCAUUUCUUCAAUGAUUAAAGGAAUCUAAUACGUUUCUCAAUAUUCCAGACUCUAGAUUAAUAUUCUAAAAAUAAUUCCAGUAAAUAAAAAUGGAGUUAAUAAUACAGUAAAAGAUCCCUAGGACUCAUAAUUCUGGAGAUGAGCGUUUUCACAUCAGUCCACCGUUCUUAUCUCCGAAUGAAGCAGUGCUGCCCCCUUUGGGAGAAAUGGUUUAAUUGCGGCUCACAUGAGGCGUUAUUGUUGGGUAACCAGAAAUGUUCAGGGAAAACAAAGCGGUAGCAAAAACAAUUGCUGGAACACAGAUACACAGAUCAAACCACCAUUCACUAACUUCUUGUUUUAUUUUAUUCACAAGAAGAUCACAGUCACUUUAAAUGUUUUUUUAAAUACAUUUAAAUUGACUUGAUAUUUUUUAAAUCAGGAUGGAGAGUCAUACGAGCAGAAGGGCACAUUGCACACCUAGAUCGUAUUAUAAUGAACCGCGGGACACUCAUCUCCAUAGAACUCAAAAUAACUGUGGUGCUCUUGAAAUCAGCAGAGGAUCCUUCCAUGAGCAGAAAGUUGUGAAAUUAACGGUGAUGUAACAAAUAUCAGAAACCACAAGACUGCAACAUCUGUAUAGAAUCUUGCGCUUCAGAUGCAUCUGUAAGAUAAAACCGGUAGUACAACGUUUCACUUACAGUAUAGACAGUAGACGACCACUGGCGAGGACACAGUCUUUGACUUUUUAGUUUCGAAAACAUCUGCACUCCGAUGAGCUGACUAAUACUGUGCAAUUCAAUUAUAGAAGCUGGCUAGCAAAUGCACUGUAUUAAUAAAUACAAUUAACGUAAUGCACAGAUGGACCACACAAAGGAUAAGGCAACAGAUUAAUUUAUUCUAUUUUUUAAAAAUAUUUACGUCUACGUUUUAUGGCAUACUUUACAUAAUUUAUUGAAAAUAGUGCCAAUAUUGUACUAACUAUAUUUUGUAUUAACAUACGCCCUGUUCUUUGUCUUGAUUGUCACGGGUAGUUAUUGUUUUAAAUGGCUUGGGCACAGACCAAUCCUAUAUUUCCUAGGGCACUUAUUGAAAUCCUGCUGUUGUAAAAGGUGCUCUGACCACUGUCUUCAGUUCUGUACUUUGUAAUCGUGCUGUCACUUUGUACUUUUCCUUAUAAUAACAUUAAAACUGUGAAAUAUUGUUUUUCAUCCCCUUUA